GACUACAUGAUCUUGGAACAAUGUCUCAUUUCCUUCAGAAACAGGGGUUACCAGAGGUCUUCCCCUCAGAAAGGAACAGGGCAGAGAAAUGGAUCUUUGUCUCUUUAAGAUGAGACGAACUGCCACUCUUAGUCAUAUAUCUUUACUGCACCCUAGGGUUAUAAAAACAUACAUCUUCGUUUUGAAAGUCUUUUAUUACAACCAUAAACAUCAGAUUGCAGCUGACUGUUCCCUGGAUGAGAAUUUCCUAAUACUCCAAGUGAGUUUUGACAGGGGGAGGGAGUGAAAGUAAGAUUGUUGGGGUUUUUUUUACUGGAACUGUGCUCGUAAGGAACUUGUCAGUCUCUGGCACGCUACAGCCAGUGUCAGAGGGCUGAGCAGCAUCGGAGUGAGAGGACACGGGUUUCUCUGCUUAUUUUCACUGUCUGACUCGGGUGCCAUCCCAGGUGCAGCACUCGAGAAAGAAGAAUUGUUCCAGAAUUUAUUGGGACAGAUUGCAGAGCAGUUCUCGAGGGUUUUUAAAAUCAAUGAGCUGAAAACGGAAGUAGCUAAUCACUUGGCAAUGCUGGAGAAAAAGGUUGAAUUGGAAGGCCUGAAAGUGGUGGAGAUUGAGAAAUGCAAGCGCGACAUUAAAAAGAUGAGGGAGGAAAUGGCAGCAAGAAGCAGCAGGACUAACUGUCCCUGCAAGUACAGCUUUUUGGAUGAAAACAAGAGACCGGCUCCCCGGCGGGAUGUACCAUCCUACCCAAAGUACAUGCUGUCCCAGGAGACCAUCGAAGCACUUCGGAAACCAACCUUUGACGUCUGGCUGUGGGAGCCCAAUGAGAUGCUGAGCUGUUUGGAACACAUGUACCACGAUCUCGGGCUGGUAAAGGACUUCAACAUCAAUCCCAUCACGUUAAAGAGGUGGUUGCUGUGUAUUCACGACAAUUACAGAAACAACCCCUUCCACAAUUUCCGGCACUGCUUCUGCGUGACCCAGAUGAUGUACAGCAUGAUCUCGCUCUGCAGCCUCCAGGAGAAAUUUUCCCAAAUUGACAUUUUGAUUCUCAUGACUGCAGCAGUAUGCCAUGACUUGGACCAUCCAGGCUAUAACAACACCUACCAGAUAAAUGCGCGGACCGAGCUCGCCGUGCGCUACAACGACAUCUCCCCGCUGGAGAACCACCACUGUGCCGUGGCUUUCCAGAUCAUUUCCCAGCCAGAAUACAACAUCUUCUCCAAUGUCGACCAGGACCAGUUCAAACAGAUAAGACAGGGGAUAAUUACGUUAAUCCUGGCUACAGACAUGGCAAGACACGCAGAAAUACUGGACUCUUUCAAGGAAAAAAUGGAAAAUUUUGAUUAUUCAAACGAAGAACACAUGACCUGUCUGAAGAUGGUGCUGAUAAAAUGCUGUGAUAUCUCCAACGAAGUCCGCCCGAUGGAAGUAGCGGAGCCCUGGGUGGAUUGUUUACUGGAGGAGUAUUUUAUGCAGAGCGACCGAGAAAAAUCUGAGGGUCUUCCAGUGGCGCCGUUCAUGGACCGCGACAAAGUGACCAAGCCCACGGCACAGAUCGGCUUCCUCAAGUUCGUCCUCAUCCCCAUGUUUGAGACAGUAACAAAGCUAUUCCCAGAAGUGGAGGAGGUGAUGCUCCAGCCCCUGUGGGAAUCCAGGGACCACUAUGAGGGACUAAAACAGAAAGAUGAUGCUACAAAAGAGCUGCAGAAACAGAAGGGUGAAAGUCUGAUGACCGGCAGCACCGAAAAGUGA